AUGGCUAUCAGGACGGUUCCCCAUAAUGGGAAUGGGUCCAAAGAAAUGUACCAAAAGUCAAAUUCAUCAUCUUCGUCGCUUGUGGGCUCGCUGAUCAAGUCGUGGAAGACGCCGUCAUCGGCGAAGUCGAAUCAGCUGGCGUCGCCAUCGCUGGAGCCUGCAGAUAGCGAUGGGAAUAUUAGCGCCAUCAGGAGGUCGCAGACUAUGCAGCGGUCCCUGUCGAGCCACAGCAGCAGCCACCGCGGCGUGCACUUGAGCCCGCUUCGGAGCAACACCACGGGCGGGUCUAACCACGCUGGCGGCAAAAAAGACAAGUAUUUUACGGACCUGGACGAGGACUGGAGUGCGGUAAUUGACGAUUACAACACACCCAUACCGAUGAUGGCAAACGGCGGGAUCGAGACGAUGAUACGGCCACUAAUGGGGGCACAGAAGACGGCUGACAAGGGCGCGCGCAGCUCGCCGCUGCGGCGGUCGGGCAGCUACCCUAGCUUGCCGCAGAUGUCUACACCGGGCGGGAAGCAUAUCAGCGCUGAACUGCGCUUGCAGCUGGAGGCCCAGCACGAGCGCGAUGUACAGGAGCUUAAUGCCGUGAUGCAACGCCUGGCCAAGUUUCAGGCAGUGCUGGAACCGCAAGGCAGUGCGUCCCAGGUGAUUAAACUGAACGAUCUACGGAAACUGAGCUGGAAUGGCGUUCCCAUGGUACACAGGCCUCAGGUAUGGAAGCUGUUGAUCGGCUACUUACCUGCAAAUCUCAAGCGCCAGCAGAGUACCAUCCAGCGGAAACGCCAGGAGUACCGCGACGGCAUCCAGCGCGUAUUCUCGGAUCUUCACUUGCGCGAUGAACCAACAUGGCACCAGAUUGAGAUAGACAUCCCCAGGACGAAUCCCCACAUACCCCUAUAUCAGUUCAAGGUUGUGCAGGAAAGCUUGCAAAAGAUCCUCUACCUGUGGGCAAUCAGACACCCCGCUAGCGGCUACGUGCAGGGAAUCAACGACCUCGUAACACCCUUCUACCAAGUGUUCCUAUCCGAGUACCUUUCUCCCUCGCAGAAAGACAAGGUGGACACCUUGGACCCCGCAUCGUAUCUCACGCCGAGUCAGCAACAAGAUGUCGAGGCAGAUUCUUUCUGGUGUCUCACGAAACUCGUGGAACAGAUCACAGACUACUAUAUCCACGGACAACCAGGUAUUCUAACCCAGGUCAAACAUCUCGGCCAGUUGGUCAAACGUAUCGACGGUGACCUGUAUGCGCAUUUCCAGGCCGAGGGCGUGGAGUUCAUUCAGUUUGCCGUCCGGUGGAUGAGCUGCCUGCUGAUGCGCGAGUUCCAAAUGAACAUGGUAAUUCGGAUGUGGGACACAUAUCUAUCAGAGACUUCUCUCGAAACAUAUACUGAUUCUCCCGCCAAGUCUGUAUCAGCUAUCACUUCUCCGCCGUCCACUAUGGCCUCGUCUGCAACAGGCGCUUCUGCUGCUGUGGGCUCUUCACCAAAUGCCCCUCCACGCCAGCCAUCUCUCAGCGAAUUUCAUGUUUUCGUCUGUGCCGCCUUCCUAGUGAAAUGGAGCGAUCAGUUGGUCAGCAUGGACUUCCAGGCUAUCAUUACCUUCCUACAGAACCCGCCUACGAGGCACUGGACAGAGUCUGAAGUCGAGAUGUUGCUUAGUGAAGCUUAUAUUUGGCAGUCAUUAUAUAAGGAUGCUAUUUCCCACUGGCGCUAA